CCCUUAUUUAAACCAUUCCACCCCUGCCUCUUCUCCUCCCCCCUCCGCCUCGUGCUCUUUCUCGCCUUUGGUUUGGAGAGCCCGUGAAGCCUCGAGACCUCUCUCGCCUUGCCCUGCCGCUGUGCUGUUGCAUUGCAGUCCGCGAGCCUUGAGCUGCUAGCUCUUUCUUCACCACAGCUUGAGACAUGGAGUUCGAAGACCGUUGCCACAUGGUCCAGGAGCCCAAGUUCGACUGCCUGCUCUUCGACCUCGACGACACUCUGUACCCGCUGAGCUCCGGGAUCUCAGGUCAUGUCAAGAAGAACAUCGAAGAUUACAUGGUUGAGAAGCUGGGUAUUGACGAGAGAAAGAUCGAGACCUUGGGCAAUCUACUAUACAAGAACUACGGCACAACGAUGGCCGGCCUCAGGGCGAUUGGCUACAGCUUUGAUUACGAUGAGUACCACGCAUUCGUUCAUGGAAGACUGCCCUACGAUAACAUCAAGCCCGACCCUGUUCUCAAGCACAUUCUCAAGAACCUGCGCAUCCGCAAACUAAUAUUCACCAACGGUGACAAGAUUCAUGCCAUGAGAGCCCUCAAGAGGCUGGGCCUGGAGGACUGCUUCGAGGGGAUCAUCUGCUUCGAGACCCUGAACCCGCCGUGCCCACCGCAGGGCGACCAGGAGCCCGAGAUCUUUGACAUCGCCGGCCACUUCGCUCGUUCCGGCAGCGUCGACGAGCUGCCCAAGACCCCCGUCCUGUGCAAGCCCAACGUCGACGCCAUGGAGGAGGCGCUCAGGAUCGCCAACGUCAACCCCCAUAAGGCUAUUUUCUUCGACGACAGCGUACGCAACAUCCAGGCCGGGAAGCGAAUUGGCCUUCACACAGUGCUGGUCGGCACAUCGCACCGGGUGAAAGGCGCAGACCACGCGCUGGAGAGCAUCCACAACAUCAGGGAGGCGCUGCCGGAGCUGUGGGAGGAGGCCGAGAAGGUGGAGGACGUGCUCUACUCCGACCGCGUUGCGAUCGAUACCUCGGUCACCGCAUAAACACCCCGCUCUCCUCCGGUGCACCGUCAGCAGCUCUUUCUCGAGAUGCGAACCACAACGACCAUACAUCACCCCGGGCCAAGACUGUCUUCAAUUCAGUUGGAAUUCAGCGUUGGCAGAAUGGCAGGGCCAACAAUUUCCGACAACAGGUGGGGUGCAGCAUGUAAGGGGGGAAUAGAUGAGAUCAUGUUGGGACGGUCCUAAUAUAUAGAUGUAUUCGUCAGA